AAUUAAUAACUAGUUGGUACUAACUUCAUGAUCAGGGCUUGGAGGGCUUGGAGGGCUCAGUUCUUUGUUCGUUGUUUCAGCCGUCGGCGGUGUGCGCAUCCCAUCAAGUGAGCUGUCACAUUUGCAUCCCCACGGUUUUCGGUUUUUUUCUUCUGCCGUUUCCUCUGCGUUUGGUGACCAAGUCGAAGCAAACAGCAACGCUUCCACCUCUUCAACUGGCUUUUCCCUUUCCUUUACACAAAACCCGUUGUCACCGUUGCCCGACUUCAAGUUCCUUCUUCCUGUUAUCAUUCUCCUUCCCAACCCCUCGCCCAGCCCCAACCGUCGUACAAAAACAAACGGAGCUCUCGGAUCUCUGCCGUCUUCCGCUCACACUCUCCGGUCGCCCACCCGACCUUCCCACCAUGGCGACCCUUGCAGUUAAUCCGGACGAGGAAAGCACGGAGUCGUGCAUCGUUGUUGCACAUCGCAGAAGUCCACGAUCCAAGAGUGCGAACAUUCCGAAGAAGACUACGAUACCCAUGAGACCCGCUACGAGGGGCCGACCCCGCGGUCAACCGCAGCCGGUCAAGAGGCCGCGCGGGCGGCCGAGAAAGCCAAGAAACAAUACGGCCGAAACGGCCAUCAUCCUCUCUGAUAGUGAUUCAGAAGGAGAAGGCAGCGAGCCACCUCGGAAGGACAAGAAGAGACCUAUCACAAAACUCGAAUCCCCUUCCUCCGCCCCCGAUCCGAAACGACCCGCACCGUCCUACCACGCUUCCUCGUCUUCGAAAGCCGUGCCUGCACCUUCCCGGCCAGACAUAGACGAAGUCCGGCAGCAGCUAGCCUCCGAAAAGAAAUUACGAGCCGAUGCGGAGGGAAAGCAAGCUCAACUCCAAGAGUUGCUCGACGAGAAAGACUCCUCCUGGGCGGCCGACUUGGCCGCCCAGGCGAUGCCUCUUCAACUGCAGCUGCAAAGAAUAACAAAGGAGAAAAAAGACCUCGAUGUCACUGUUGAAGACCUUGAGACGCGCCUUCAGGCGUCUUUGGGCAAGAACCAAGAGUACGAGUCCUCUCUCGAAGCCCUGACCGCGAGCGCUGCGGGGGCAGAGGAUAUCAAGACCAAGGCCGUCGCGCAGGAAGCCCUCAUCGUCAACCAGGGUGCCGAAAUCGCGCAGCUAAAGAGCGCCGUCGUGUCACGCGCGAAGGAGCUUGCUGCAGCCAGCCAGCGGUUUGGCACACUGACGGCGACCCUUCGCGACCUCACCACACGCCAUGCCACAGCCACCACCAUCAUCCAGCAGCACGGAGCCAGGAUCCAGCAUUUGACUCACGCACUGUCUGAGGCGAAGAACAAGCCCGCGGCUAAUGGCCCACUGCUGACCGCGGCGGAGACCGGCCGCGUUGACGCCGCAAAGAUGCUGGUCAAGGCAGAGGAGAAGCUGAACACGACGGAGAAGGAACUACGCGAGGUAAAAGCUAGGCGCAAAGAGACGGACGAUAAGGUGGCCCAGCAGCUAGCCACAGCCACCAACAAGUGGGAGCGGGUGGAGAGCAAACUGAGGGCGAAAGAACAGCAACUUGCACAUUCAGAGGAGCUCCUCGCGGAGCUGAAGACAAACUUGCAUCUUGUCAAGAAGCAACUCACCGAGGCUGAGCAGGCCGUCCCAGCCCAGGCACAAGAAUCCAUCAACAACCUCACUCGCGAGCGCGACGGCAUACUCCGGGAGACGCACGCACGGCUGGAGGAAAUGGGGGUGCUGCAGAAUGAAGUCGGGCGCCUGAAUCAGGCCGUUGCGACCCUGGAACAGGAGAAGCAGACACUGACCGCUGCUGCUUCUGAGAAGGACGACGUCGUGAAACAGCUUACUGCGCACCAGAAUUUGGUCGGCGUGUUGCAACGCGAGCGGGAGCAGGCCGAAGCUUCCUCGUCUCGCGCGUGGGAAGAGAUAGUGCCCCUGAAAAACCAACUUGCAAACCACAAACAGGCGUUGUUGGACCUGCGCAACGAAAACUUGCGGUGGACUGCUGCGUCAGAGAACGCCCUCCAAAAGAUCACGAGUGUCCAGGGGGAGCGAGACCAUUUCCGAGAUCUGGCCGGCAGAUUGCAGGGCGAAACAGCGUCGCUUCGCGCAGAAUACACACAACUGGUCAACAAGGCCAAUGCCCGGGAAGCUCAGCUCACGGAAAUAAUUUCGCAGAUGAACCACAACCUGGACUCGAGGCACGGCGACGUAGUGCAGCUCCGACAAAACCUUGUGAGACAGGGCCUUAGGGAGGACACCUUGCAAAAGGACAUGGCUGCUAAGAACACCAGGCUCCUGCAGCUGGAGGCAGAACUGAAAGAGCAGCAAACCGUGGUGGCCACGAAGCAGCAGGAAGUCGACAGCCUGCGGGAGGGCAUUAACAACCUCCACGCCGAAGUCACCAAACUCGAGAGCAACUUUGCAACCCAGCGCGAGGAGCUGCAACAGCGCGACGCCAUGCUCACCGACAAAGAGAAGGCCAUCGCGGCAAAGCGCACCCAGAUCCAGCAGCUACAAGAAACCGUCUCGGAGCUCACCACGGAAAAGAGCCAGCUCCGGGACGACAUUGCAGUCCAGAAGGCCAGACUGCUCCAGCUCGCAGCCCAACUCGCCCAACUCACCAACGACAACGCAGAGCUCCAAAGCACCAACACCGCCAACGAACAAACCAUCGACUCCCUCCGCCAGCAGCUCUUCAGCGUCACGCGCGAGAAAGCCAACCUCCAACAACAAACCACCACCAACCUGACCGAAAUCGCCACCCUCAAAACCCAGCUCACCGACGCCAACCACACCAUCGAACAGCUCACCCAAACCGCCGCCACCCUCCACGACACCACCUCCGCCCUCCAAACCGACCUGCACACCCUCACCCUAAAACAAACCUCCACCACCAACCUCGUCACCACCCUCGAAACCGAAACCACCGCCCUCCGCACCCAGCUCGCCACAACCACCACCCAAGCCGCGCAGGACAUCGCCGCGCUGGAGGCACGCAUCGCCCAGCUGGACGUGGAGUACGGCGCGCUGGAGGAGGUGCGGCGCAAGCAGGAGGGGGAGGUGGAGAAGCUGCGAGUGACGGUGGCUGAGGUGCUGGCCGAGGGGGAGGCGCUGGAGGAGUAUCUGGCGAAGCGGGACGGGUGUAUUGAGCGGGUGAGGGGGUUUGUCAAGACGCUGCCGCAGUGGAUGGAGAGUACGUUGAUUCGGAAGUGA